CGGGUCGAAUUCGGCGAGAACAUCAUCCUAAAGCACUUCCUUCUAACAUGCGAUGUGGACCCGAGGAUGAGGGCCAAAGAGAACGUUAUGCAUUACUGGAAAAUGCUCCACUCGCUGGAAGUGAUCAAGAGGGAAUAUGCCGCCCUCAGGAAAUCUGCCAAGCUGCCUCCUGAUCAUCCAACUCGAGUGCGAAACCGGAGGAAGCAGCUUGAGUAUUUGCGGCUGGAGAAUACUAUCAACCAACAUCUGACCCACCUUCACCAUGAGUUCUUGAGGGAGCUGAAGCUAAAGAAAGCUGCUCGUAAGAAACAAGUACACAGUCCUGCAGCUGAAGAAAAGGAGGAUGGAGCCCCUGCAGCAGAAGAUGAGGAAGCCCUUGAUACAGAAGACAGGGAAGAGGAAGCGGAAGGAGCUCCAGCUGAAGACCCUGCAGUGGAGGAGAAGAUGAUGGAGGAGCAAGCUCCAGCAGAGGAAGAAAGGAAGAAGAAGCUCCUGGAGCAGCAGAAGAGGAAGCUCUUGCCUCUCAGGAGAAAGGAGAAGGUGCUGAAGAUAAGGAAGAAGUGGAUGGUCCAACAAAUGAAGACACAGCUCCUCCCGCUGAAGAACAGCAAGUCCCUGAAGAGGAGGAGAAAGAAGAGGGAGCGGAAGUAGGAGGUUCUGCAGAAGAACAUCAAGCUCCUGGAAUGGAGGAGAAGACAGAGGAGCAAUCUCCUGCAGUGGAGGAGAAAGAGGAGGGAGCUGAUGGUGAAGAAGGGAUCAUGAAAGAUUCUCUGGUGGUGGAGAGGCCGACCCUCCGAAAACAGUUCAGGAAGGCCAUCAUGAAGAGGCUCCGGAGAGUUUGGGUAAUGUAUCAAUUUACUGACCAUUACCCAUUAUCUAGAGAUGCCUCAUGUUGUCCAAUGCAGCUCCACUUUACUUCCUGCUGUUCUGAGCAUUUUCAAUGCUGUCUGUUGAGCCCGCAGGCCGAUUACUUGAGGGCACCCAAUAGACCAAUGUUUGGCUGCCUUUAGGUUGUAAAGAGGUUGCUGACAGA